UCUUUAUAACUCUGGCCACACUGCGUUAAAAUUGUAUGUCGCAUUGUUCGGCUGUUGCUCGUGUAAAAAUUAUAGAAAUUACACAAACGCACACACCGUAGCCAUAAAAACAUCUUUUAAUGUGAGUAAAAGAACAAGGACGGAACAAUGGGAGCCUGUGUAUGUCGCAUGAAUCCCGACAAUGAGACAAUGAGUGUCUCCUCGGCGAGCGCUUCGCGUCCGGCCAGCGCAGGAAUCGCUUUGGGGGGCGCUGCGCGCAAGAAUCGUCCACUAUGCCAUGAGACCAUUAAGUGGCGCUCGGACGUCCCGUUAACCGAAGGUCAACUGCGCUCCAAACGGGACGAGUUUUGGGACACUGCUCCGGCAUUUGACGGGCGAAAAGAGAUUUGGGAUGCGCUUAGAGCUGCCACAAAUGCAGCUGAAUGUCUGGAUUUUCAAAUGGCCCAGGCCAUAUUAGAUGGCGCUAAUGUGUCCGUGCCCAAUGGCUACCUCACAGAAUGCUACGAUGAGCUGGGUACACAGUACAAGGUGCCCAUUUAUUGUCUAUCCUAUCCCAUUAACAUUGUAAAGGAGGAGAAUGGGCGCGACUCGCCAGCUGAAUACUCAGAGCCCGUCGAUGGCGGAACCGAAAUCUUUCUGAAACUGCGCAUAUCAUCGACCAUGACUGAUGUUAAACUGCCGGUAUACUCAAAAGAUACGGUGGGACAGUGCAAGAAAAAGUUGCAGUCGGUAGAGGGCGUCGAUGCAUGCUGCCAACGUUGGUUCUACAGCGGAAAGCUGCUAGGCGAUAAAGUACCCAUUGAUGAGUGCAGCAUACACCAGGGCUAUGUGGUGCAGGUCAUUGUUAAUACAGAGCACUAUAAUCACGACAACAGCACGAGUAUCGUUCAUUUGUCGCUUGCGAGCUAGCAAUACACCAACUCCAUACUAGUCAACUUAGGCAUCAACAGCAGCAAUAAGCUUUGUGAAAAACGGCAAUUGGCUAGCAGUGACAACAACAACAAUUCCAAGCACUCCGGCAAUAACACAAAGAGCUUUAAUGUAAAGCACAAAGAACCAAAACAAAAACAUCGACAACUAAUGUAUUGCAUUUAUCUAAAGCACACGCGAAAUGCCAAUAGUUAUGUUUUGUUUUUAUAUCAGCUUGCCUUAUUGUUGUUCUGGUUGUUGUUGUUGUAUUGCUAUUGCGAAACAUACAAUUCUGAGCAAAUACAAAAAAUUAAUGAAAAAUGCCUAUAAAUAUAAAAAUUAAACAUAAAUACAUAUAUUUUUUUGAUAAUAAUUAUGUAUGUUAACAAAAUUAAGCAGUCGCUAUAAAGAAUAAUUUGUAUAAGCUGCUGUAUUGAGUAGUAAUAUUCAAAUAUGCGCAUGAAAUUCACAAUUAAAAAUCAAAUAAACAAAUGUACAUUUCUCAUGAAAUCAAAAACAAAACUAGAACUGCAAAUUCAGAAGAUAAACGUAUAAUAAUAACAAAUUGUUUAUUAACUAAUUAUACGCAAACAUUUGUAUGUAUUGUAAAAAAAAUACUGUAGUAUUUGGCUGUAAUGAAAAUCAAAGCAAACAUUCGCUUAAUGUGUCGAAAUACUACAUCAACUUUUGAUACUGUACAAGAAAGCAUAAAUGUAAAAAUGUUGGAACGCCGAGCACAAAUUUAAUGUAAUAAUCUUUAACAAAAACAAAUGAAAUUCCAAAAGAAAUUGUUAAAUUUAAUUCUUGCUCAAUGUAGUUAACACAAUAGUAUAAAGUGGUUGGACAAGGAAACGUUAAUAUCGGAUAGAGUAACCCAAGUACCUUAUAAAUGUAUAUGAUUUUUGCUUAUAGUUUUAAAGCCAUAACAGAAAUACAAUGAAGUGCUUAUUUAUUUAAAAAAAGAUUCUAGUUUUGUAUGAUUUUCGUUUAAAUUAUUUAUUGCAAUAUUGAAAAGCACUACAAAUUGAGACCAUGCGAUAUUAGAUUGAGCAAUCGCUGUUUAACGCAACAAAUGGAAUACAAUAAAUGUUAGCUUUUAUAAUUAUUUAAAA